UUUUUUUUUUAGAUCAUACUUUCUAUAACAAGAGGCCCAAAGGCCUUAUCGGUCACCUGAAUACUAGUGAAAAAGUAUCACUACUUCCAUGGCCUAUGAAAUCUAGAAAAAAUUUGCUGUUCUGAAUAUCUAAGCUAAAUUCUAAUGUUCAGCAACAGUAUAAAACAAGAUGUGUUCUUAAAACUUUAAUGCCCUCAAAAGUGCACACACUGAUGAAAGGCUUUAAAGAAUAGGUAUAUUAACAUUAAAACAUCUGCAAGUAUGCUUUUAGAUGUUAUACAGUAUCAGCAAACUUAUAUACAUAAAUACUAUAUACUUAUUUUGGCCCUACCCUGGGGAUCAGAACCCUUACUCUGAGGAUCAUCAAAUUUACAAUUAUGGUAAAAGACUACCUGCUCUAUCCAUUUAGUAUAAAUAGCACUAAAGAAAAUGUUAUUCAAGUGUUUUACACAUAAACACUAUAUAACAAGUAUGGCCCCGCCCUGGGGUCAGAAUCCCUACCCCGUGGAUCAUGAAAUUAACAAUUUUGGUAGAGGCCUUCCUGCCCUACAUCACUAUGCAUUUAGUUUUUCUUACACAUGUGCAGUUCUAGAGAAGAAGAUUUUUGAAAAUUGGUCAAUGUUAUCUUGUUGGUUACUCUUCUGGCAGGAUCUAUUUAUUGUUAUCUUGUUGGUUAUUGUUCUCUUCUCCUGGCAGGAUCUAUUUAUUGUUAUCGUGUUGGUUAUUGUUCUCUUCUCCUGGCAGGAUCUAUUUAUUGUUAUCUUGUUGGUUAUUCUUCUCCUGGCAGGAUCUAUUUAUUGUUAUCUUGUUGGUUAUUGUUCUCUUCUUCUGGCAGGAUCUAUUUAUUGUUAUCUUGUUGGUUAUUCUUCUCCUGGCAGGAUCUAUUUAUUGUUAUCUUGUUGGUUAUUCUUCUCCUCUUCUGGCAGGAUCUAUUUACUGUUAUCUUGUUGGUUAUUGUUCUCUUCUCCUGGCAGGAUCUAUUUAUUGUUAUCUUGUUGGUUACUCUUCUAGAACUCUUCCAUGACAAUUUCUCAAGAUCUGCCCAAAAUAUAAUGUAAACAAAAGGCCCAGUUGGCCACUUUACUCACCAAACACUACAUGCAGAUGCUUGUAUAUCAAUUUAACAUAUUGCAUCCUCAUUAUUUGAUUAAAUGUUUUAAAGACUUUUAUAGAAAAGUUUUUUCACAUCUUGUGUGUCCCCAUGCUUACAUAUUUGAUAUGUCUCCCCUGUGGUUGUUGAGAAGCACCAAGUAUGCAAUUUCUGCAUAACUGUAUUUAUAUCCCAAAAUACAAACUAGACAUUUAUUCUGUACAGUAAAGAGAAAUGUUGAUUUUUAAUCAUCUUAACAACCGAAAUGUUUUUUUUUUUUUUUUUAAACAACUGACCAUGAAAUAUACAAAUAUCUUUUAAAAAAUAUUAACAUCAUUUUAAAUUCAAGGGUCUCUAGAGAGCACCUAGCUAACUACAAUGUGUUGAAAUACGCUGUAAUAAUCACUUCAGUCCAUUUACAGUGCUUUCCCUUUAUAAUAAUGAUCCUUGUGCACGCACAAUUUAAAUUUCUGUCUUUGAUGUUCCCCAUUUGAUAAAUCUAGAAAUAAGUAAACACAAUCCAAUACUCCACUAAUGUAGUUUAAAAACGCUGUAUAUUACAAACUCUUUCAAAUGUACCCCUUCAUUUUCGAUUUAAUAUACUCAUAGAAAUGGUGUAGGUAACACUACAGUUACUGCUUGCCGACAAGAUUGUUACCAUGAGUAUAAGUUCAGAUAACCCUAUACCAAACACAAUCAUUGUCAGCUUGUCAAAGUUCUAGUUCUCUUUGGCUUUCUUUAACAUGACAAGACCACGAGAUUAUCAGAAUUCAAUGUCACACUAAUACCCGGGAGAUCUUCUCUUCUAUUAGCCUCCUAUUAUUUUUUUGUGACAAUCAUUAAACCCUAGAUAAGUUUUGUCAAGGCCAAAAACAACAAUGGAAGUAUAGUGACAUUGUCUGCGUCAUGCACACUAAUUGUGUAAUUCCUACUAUAUACGUUUAAGUCGUCUGCGACUCCCAAUAUUAUGAUAUCACAUUCUUUAGAAAAACAACUAAGUCAAUAUUUAAACUACUCCCACUAUCAUAGGCUUAACUGUUCUGUUAAUGCAUGAUAAAAUAACUUUAUUUUCUUACUAAAUCUACACCAUGAAAAAUGAAUCUGGCAUCUGUUCAAAAUUUGAACAUUUAUAGGCAAAGUGGUGAAAUUUAACAGCCCGUCUCUGACAAGGACUCCCCACUUUUCAUUUAAAGUGUGAGGCCAAUUUCAACAACCAGCGUUUUCCUAUUUGGAUAGUAAACAUUAUAUAUUAACUUUCACAUGCAAGAAAAUGAAUGAAAAACUGCAAAUUUGAAAAUGUCCAUGGACACAUCUGAUGACCCUUUAUGGGCAGUGCAGCAACUGAAAGUAGAAUUUCGUUUUAGGAGGAAUUCUGCAUUGAGAUGUGCCAGCAUGGACACGGAACAGUCCGAGCUGGUGAUACCUCGACAGCUCCUCUGCUGCAAGCUCUGUGAUGAGGAAUUCACUAAACCCUGCUAUCUUCCUUGUCUUCAUACCUUUUGUCAGGAAUGCAUCGAUGAGCACAGACUUAGCAGCACAGACAAGGAAGGAUACUUCCCCUGUCCGACAUGCAUGACUGAAGUCAACCCUGAGGAGGAUGACGGGGUGCCUAGAAAUCUUCCCGAGAACAUUUUGGCCCGACGUCUCUCAAUUCCUGCAAAUGACCCCAUCAAAAGAGAGACGCUGUGCUUUUAUUGCAAGAAUGCAGGAAACUUUGUGGAAGGUAAAACUCACUGUGUAGACUGCAAUGAAUUUCUCUGCAAGCCAUGUGCCGAUUCACACACUACUCAAGAGGACUUCUCCGACCACCAUCUACAGAGUGAUGAGGAUUACAAUGCAGAAAAGACUACCAGCACAUCUAGUCAGAGUCAGGUUAUUCCUGUGUGUUGUGAGGCAUAUGAUCCUUUGGACUUUGGUGCCAUGUAUUGUGUGGAUUGUGACAUUUCUGUGUGUGCUGACUGUCAUGUGAACAAACACGGUGAACAUCGGUGCGCAGAACUGAUGGCCAUAGCUCAGCACUUUGAAACCAAAAUUAAAGAGCCUCUACAAGAACUUGACAAUGACUCUGAACAUAUCAGCAAAUUUCUAGUGAACCUAAAUGCCACAGAGCAUAACUUGCUUGAACAGAAAGAUUCACUGAAGCAUCAUGUUAAAGAGAGAACAAAGCAGCUAUGUAGCCUAAUUAAAGAUUAUGAAAAACUUCUUCUCGAUGAUAUUGAGAGAAGAUUUGAUGACCAAAUAGAGGAUAUCAAGACUAGAAGACUCGAUCUGAAAAUGCAUUUAGAAGCCAUAAAAGGAGUCAAAGAUUUUACAGAAAACUUAAUCACUUAUGGUUCCUAUGAGGAGAAAGUGUUAUUGAGGAAAAAAGUAGGGUACAGGAUUCGGGAACUCUGCGAGGAGUCCUUGGGAACAGAUCCCAUAGAGAUCCUAUCUGUGAAGCUUGUGGAGCCCAAUGUGACCGGUGAUAGCAUCUGUGAUAUGUUUGGCACCAUCCAGACAGGAGAACAGUCUGUAACUUCUGAAAGUGAACACACCGUAGACGAUCUGACAAGUCAGCACUUCCAGAGGUACCACAGCUUCGGAGAUUCUGGACAUGGCAGUGAUACCAUGGACCAUGCUGAAAAUGAGCCAGAACUUGUGGAGAUCUUUGAGAAAGCUCCAAUUGACCUCCAAAGGCAAGACAGCAAGCAGGACAGCUCCGACACAGACAUGCUGAGUUCCAGCAAUUCAAGCGACAAAAUGAAGAAUGUCAAGUUCAAAGAACAUGUCGACCAAAAUGAAUUUGAAAAUGACAAUGUAUUUAACUUGGAGAAUCCGAAACGAGAAGUCACUCUGCCUGCUCCCAUUCAAAAAGAAUGUAUCAAGGGCAUUGGAAUUAAUGAGAAAGGGGAUAUCAUUGUCGGAACAACUACUACUGUGCAUGUCCUUGAAAAACGUGGAAUAGUCAGAGGCCAAGUCCCUCUGGAAAAUGGCUGGAACAUUCACUCUGUGUCCAGCGAUGGCAAAGUUUCCAUGACAGUCCCAAGAGGCGAUAACAGAUUCAAAGUCAGAGUCUUGAAAAAUGAUGGCACAGGACACAUUAUGUCAGAUUUUCAUGUGGAAAGCUUCGGACUCAAUUUUGUUACUGCUGACCAAUCCGGAACACUCAUCAUCACUUCUAACCGCUAUGCUCAAAUCCACAAAAACCAUGGCAAAUCUGCUAAAUCUGGUGGAAACAUUGCAUUCUAUGGCUCCGAUGGACAUUUGAUACGCCGAAUUACCAAUGAAGAUUUCCAUGCAAAUCUCUUAGAGAAACCCCAAAUGGUGGCAGUGGAUGAAAAGCGCAAUAAAACCUAUGUUGCAGAUCCUGGCAGCCACAGAGUUAUUGCUCUAAAUGCCAAUGGUGAACUCGUCUUUGAGUACGGAAACAUAGAUGACCAGGAGGAAAUUUAUCAAGGACCAGACCUAAUCUCCAUUGACAAAUAUGGAAACAUUAUCGUUACUGACAAACGAGAGGGUAGAAUUGAUAUUCUUGGAACCAAAGGAAACCUAAAGAAGUCCUUUUUCACUGAUGACAUUCCAAGAUUUGUUGGUGCCACACCCGACAAAUUUCUGGUGACAGCCAUGCCUGAUGGUAGCAUGAAGUUUUACGAUUAUCUGGGCUAACUUUUAUAUCUGGACAAAGUGAAUGCAUUUUUGAAGUGAGCAGUGAAAUCAGUGACACCUUUCUGGAAUGCUUCUCCCUGGUUAACUAACAUUUCCUAACAUUCUGGCAUUAAGCAAUGAUUAUUAGUAGAUAACAAAUGACAUCACUAAAUUGCCAAGUAGGAUUAGUCAGCCCAAUCCAGAGUAGGAUCACUGUCCAUCCUUGCAGGAUUAGGAUCACUAUCCAUCUUUACAGGAGUAGGAUCACUGUCCAUCCUUGCAGGAUUAGGAUCACUAUUCAUCCUUGCAGGAGUAGGAUCACUAUCCAUCUUUACAGGAUCGGUCCGUCCUUGCAGGAUUAGGAUCACUAUCCAUCCUUGCAGGAGUAGGAUCACUGUCCAUCCUAGCAGGAGUAGGAUCACUGUCCAUCUUUACAGGAGUAGGAUCACUAUCCAUCCUAGCAGGAGUAGGAUCACUGUCCGUCCUUGCAGAAGUACUUCACAUUUAAAACAUCAUGUUUCUUUGAGUGGCAUACAUAUCAAGUAUAUGGUACAAUAUCAGAGGUGCUUUAUUUGUUUACUACAAUUGUUACAGCACUAGUUAGACCAUAUAUAGAUGCUAUACAACACUUUUUAUUUUGAAUUACAAUUAGGAGAUACAUAGUUCGGUACAGUAUUAUUUUUUAUCAUUCUUGUGUUUUUGAUAUGUUUUCAACAUGUUUCUUGGCGUAACAAUAGUGCUUUCAUUUCUGUACAAUUCCAUUUAACUGAUUCCUAUCAUGCUAUAGAAAUAUUGUUUUUUCUGACAUGAAUGAUUUUUUAAAAAUAAAUAAGAAGACUGGCAGAAGUCCAAGGACCAACAAUAACAAAUGCUGAAAAUCACUAAUUUUCAAGGUCUAACAUUCUUUGAUUUCACUGUGUGGAAUAUCCACAUAUGCUCCAUAAACUACAGUAAAGAAAGACAGUCUUAAUUCACAGAAUCAGCCACCAUGCUGCUCCAUCUCAAACCACAAAAUCAGGAUGCAGCCACCACGCUGCUGCAUCUCAAACCACAACAUCAUAGAAUUGAAACCCCACAAAAAUAAGCGAUUCUAAAGUUUAAAAAGUUUACUUUGGAAAAAUUACAUGAAUGUACUGAAAAUAGGAGAGAAAUCUCACAUUUCUAUAGCUCUUUGUAUCCUUGUACUUAUAACAUACAAACAGACCUUAUUUCAUGUUUUUACAAUACAACCUAUUCACUAAGUUUCAAUUAACUUCUCAGACACUACAGACCUUGACAUCUUUGUGUGAUUUUAAAAGCCAUGUUUAUAUUAGAUUGCAUGCCAGCAUGUUUAUCAUUCCAUGUUUGUCUCCCUGUUGGUAGUUAUUUGUAUAGAGCUUGCUCUUUAGAGUUAAACAGUGUCGUUAAAUUGCAUUUAAAUGGCAAGGCUUGUCUCUGGUGGUUUAGUCUAGGAAAUAUCUAACAAGUUAUUGAUAAACCUUGUUUUCAACUUGCUUUAUCAUGUGAUAGUUGUUUUGAAAAUUGUUUUCAAUAAAAUAUUAAACACAAGAAA